GCCACGUUAGCUCAGGCUGUCGUCAGCACAGCCCCCUGGUCUGAGGAUUCGUUUUGCCCGUCAAAGGGUGACCGGUCGGGUCGUGAGGAUUCUAGCAUUCAAAACAAACACACAGACGGGUUGGGAUUAGUACGAAGCUUUUCUGGCCGGUCUCUGGUCGGAAUCCUGUUUGCUUGCGCUUCCUUUUCUGCCUGUCUACAUUAGAUACCCCGAUCUGCGUUUGUUUAUUCAAUCGCGGGGUCCUCGUUGAGCUUGUGUUUCCGCCGGCGCCUCGGCAGCGUCAGGCCGCCCCGACAAAUCAGCUUCCGUAACACAAGACCGGGCGCGGUUUACGACAGACAAAAAAGUUCCGACACAAGUUGACCACGUCUCAACGCGUAUUUUUGUUUUGUCGCAUUCUGUUGCAAUCUUUUUUGUUUUGUUACUCAAUGAGGCCCUGUGUUGGAUGAUGCAUCGUCAGUCGUACAUUUUUCACCAUGGGUACCAUCGCGAAAAUUGCUGCCGUUGUUCUCGGCAUUUCGUUCAUGACAUUUGUGGCCUUCUUUGGAAGAUUACCGAUGUUUAGGCAUACACCUGUAUCUUGGUUACAUCGACUAUUAUGGGUUUACAUCCCGAGGGGAGUGCUGGCGCUUGACCAGAAGCUCACAUCCGGCAAAUUUGGUUCCUCGCUCAUGAGGUUCGGGAGGUUCAUGAUGAACGAUAGACACCCGACUGUAAUGAUAUUCUUCUUCCUGAUUUUGGCCAUUUCAGAGUCGGCAGCCCUGCCAAAGGCCUGGUCGCAACUCACGACGAUGCAGCAAAUAAUCCUCGCCACCAGCGUCUUUCUUCCUUACUACACCCUCUACAAGGCGGCUUACACAGACCCUGGUUACAUCACCGGUGACAAUCACCGCGCGCACAUGGCCGCCUACCCUUACGACUUUACCAUCUUCCACCCGGGCUCCUCGUGUCGGACCUGCGGCUUGCUCAAGCCCCCACGGAGCAAGCACUGCAGCAUCUGCAAGCACUGCAUCGGUCGCAUGGACCACCACUGCAUCUUCAUCAACAGCUGCGUCGGCGCCGGCAACGCCCACUGGUUCCUCCUGCUGCUCCUCAGCACCGCCUUCCUCUGCCUCUACGGCGGCGUGCUAUGUAUGUCCCUCAUCGUGCGCAGCAUCCGUCGCCGCGCCCCCGGGUUCGAGGUCCUCUGGUGGCGAGGCAACUUUGGUGACGGCAUGGACCUGAACAGCUACUUUGUCCUGUGGAGCUGGGGCAUCGCGGACCAGGUCCAGCUCGGCGCCGUAGGCCUGCUGGCCAUCCUCUGCAGCCCCUUGGUCUGGGGCCUGUUUGGCUACAACAUGUGGAACGUCUGGGGCGGCGUCACCACCAACGAGUCGCUCAAGUGGUCCGACCUGGGCGAGGACAUGGCCGACGGCAUCGCCUUCAAGCGCCGCAUCGCCCCGGGACGCCUAAAGGAUCUGCGCUUCGAGCCGGCCUACACCUCGUGGCCAGUCGAGGCAGAGCAAAUAGUCAUCCGCACAAACGACGGCCAGCCUCCACCGGUACAGGGCGGGGGGCUAGAGGGCGACGGCGAGUGGGAGCGCGUGUGGAAGCUCAAGAACGUCGAGAACCUCUACGACCUCGGGUUCUGGGACAACCUCGCCGACAUAUUCUCACCCACAAAGACUAGCAACGACAGUUACAUGGAAAUACCCCACGCUGAGGACCCAGGACCGAGGCGGGGGAGGAGGCGCGUUAGAGACUGAGCUUCUUGUUUUGUAUUUGGAUAAUGGUCUCCGGUGCUCGGAAACCUGAACCAUUGGUGAGAUUAGAAGUUGUUGAAUAGCAAACAAGAUCGAGGUAUCCGUCGGCGUUCAGGUACAAUUUAGGCUGGGCUUAGACGUCACAUUCAUUUGUCCAGGGUCAUUCCGGCCUUGAGCUGCAAGCAAGCCAUAUCGCCAUUCCGUUCAUCCUGGCCCAUAAUAUUAUACCAAAGAAAUCUCUAGAAACUAGUCUAUGUGCAGUUGGGUAUAUGAUACAAUGAGUGUUACAAAGUUAUACAGCAUGAUUGUGCAAAG